AUGGCUGCGUUCAGAGGUGGUCAGGAUGUCGCAAACCUUGGGCUUGCGUUGUUUCUCAUCGACUUCAUCAUCGAACCGCUGAUCUGGGGCCAUACGUCUGAGGUAUUUGGCCGCAGUAACCUCGUGGUCGAUACACUUGGCCUUUCAAACACCUUUAACCUCAGCGCGGUCCAAACCAGCGGCAUUCUUGCUGUCAUGAUUUCUCAGCUCCGCAGCACCUUUGGGUCCUCACCCCCCGAGUGGGGCGGUCUUGCACUUCUCGGCAUUGCUGUCGGCAUCGUCACGGUCAUCAGGCUCAUAAGACUAAACGCCCGGCACAAAGGGAUCGAGAAAGGCCUUGACACCGAACGAGCUGGUAGCGGCUCCGGAAGGCCAUCUUCCACCGGUACCUGGCCGACUCCCACACGAUCGACGCAGCCAGUUCAAUCUGCGGGCAGCGGCAUGAUUCGGGAUCUCCUUGACGUGACCUUUCCCAUGUUUACAACAAAGAUGUACCAGGAUCUGGGAAUUCGCUGGACGUUCUCGGUGCCGGCGUCUCUCGUGCUAGCCUGCGCGCCCUUUAAGAUGAUGUGUAGUAGAUACGGUCCUCGCAUCCGCGAGUGA